GCCGCGCCGCCUCCUGUUUGUUUGUCCGCAGCUACUACCUCAAAGAGUCGAAGGGCAGUCGGCGGUGGCUGCUGUUCCUGGAAGGGGGCUGGUACUGCUUCAACAGGGAGAACUGCGACACGCGCUACGACACCAUGCGGAGGCUGAUGAGCUCCAAGGAGUGGCCGGCGACCAGAGUGGGAACGGGGAUCCUGUCGUCACAGCCGGAGGAGAACCCCCACUGGUGGAACGCCAACAUGGUAUUCAUCCCGUAUUGCUCAAGUGAUGUUUGGAGCGGUGCCUCUUCCAAGUCUGAGAAAAACGAAUACGCCUUCAUGGGAGCGCUGAUCAUCCAGGAGGUCAUCAAGGAGCUCGUGGGAAAAGGUCUUAGCACUGCGAAAGUGCUGCUGCUGGCAGGGAGCAGUGCUGGAGGAACAGGAGUGCUGCUGAACGUGGAUCGUGUGGCAGAGCAGCUGGAGGAGAUGGGGUACCAAGGGAUCCAGGUGCGUGGCUUAGCAGACUCUGGGUGGUUCCUGGAUAACAAGCAGUACCGCAGAACUGACUGCAUCGAUACCAUCACGUGUGCUCCAACAGAAGCCAUCAGAAGGGGAAUAAGGUAUUGGAAUGGUAUUGUUCCUGAACGCUGUAAGCUGCAGUUUAAAGAGGGAGAAGAAUGGAAUUGUUUUUUUGGAUAUAAGAUUUACCCCACUCUUCGAUGUCCGGUCUUUGUUGUCCAGUGGCUGUUUGAUGAGGCCCAGCUUACUGUGGACAAUGUACACCUCACUGGCCAGCCUGUUCAGGAGGGGCAGUGGCUCUACAUUCAGAAUCUGGGCAGGGAGCUGAGGAACACCUUGAAGGACGUGACUGCUAGCUUUGCUCCUGCCUGUUUGUCUCAUGAGAUCAUUACACGCAACCAUUGGACGGACAUCCAGGUGAAGGGGACAUCAUUACCCCGCGCCCUGCACUGCUGGGAUCGGAGCCUACAUGAGAGCAACAAAAAUGGGAAGGCCCCUCUGAAAGGUUGCCCAAUUCAUCUGAUUGACAGCUGUCCAUGGCCCCACUGCAACCCCUCGUGCCCCACUAUCAGGGACCAGUUCACAGGGCAGGAGAUGAACGUGAUCCAGUUCCUCAUGCACAUGGGUUUUGACGUGCAGAAGAUGGCACAGCAACAGGGCCUGGAGCCCAGUAAACUCCUGGGGAUGCUCAGCAGUGGUAACUAGGAGGGGAUCUUGCCAGGGGCAGAGAGAUUAGAUCAGGAGGAGACUCGGAGCCCUUCUCCCACACUCUCUAAUCUUCCUUACGCUCAUGCAGGCUGGUGCACGCUCACCCCCACGCAGGCUGAAACCUGCACACCCCCAUUUGCUCCCACUCUCUUGCACACUUUGGAUGUUUUAAAAAAAAAAAAAAAAAAAAGCAAUUUCUUGCUCACACUGUUUGACUGGAACGUGUUACCUCCAAGCUCCAGGGCUCGGUCUUGGCCAUUCACAUCCUCUUCUGUGUUACACAAGGCAAUCUGACACAGCGAGUAGAGAAGCCAUAAACAUAGCACGAUGAGAACCUUCCCCAGAUCUAGGACUUUCUCCCUUGCCAUGAAUUUGACAACAUAGACUCGUACAAGUGGUGAAAAAAGCAAGCACUGGAUUUCUUUUGUCCAACUAGAAGUGAAGAAAUGAUUACAUGACUUCCUGGAGGCCAGCAUCUCAUCAUGUAUCGCAGUGCACAAACCAAGGACACGUGCUAGGGAUGGACACUCUUGUAAUCAACUUACUUUUGUCUUAUUUUAUAAAAUGACUUUUUUAUUACUUUUUUAAAACUAAGCAAGAAAUAUAAAUGAUAUUGUUUUGUAACAUAUUUUUUUUAAAAUAACGAAGAAACCUCUUGCUACUUUGGCAAUGUGGACAUAUUUAUUUUAAUAUGUAAAAUGCUAUUUAUAAGAGCUGACCAGAGAACCAUUCAUAUGUCUUUGUAAAGUUGUAUAUGCUGCUCAUUUGGAUGGGAUUUCCUUACGAUCACUGUGCCUGGCCGUGGGCUGAGAGUGGUGUUGUCAUUUUAUAAUAACGAGACUCUGGUGUUCCCCUCGCAGUUUGCUUUGUCGUUCCCUCUAAAGAAGAUUGUAGUGUAUGAAGAUGGAGAUUUUCACCCAGCAGCUGCUGUUUGCAUCCUUACACGGCAUUUUCAGCUUGAGGAUUGUGAUUUAUCAGCUAUUCCAGGGCAUUGCAUUUUAAGAUAUGUUUUUAUAGCAGUUAAGAAAGGUUUGGUUCAAGCGGGCCUGUCUCGAAAGGCAAAGUGUUUCCAACAUAAAAGCACAAGACAAGAAACAACGUAUUUCCAUUUGUGAACACACCUUCCUCUUUGAAAUGGGGAUGAGAGCAGGGGAGGGAUCAGAAGCGUGGCUGAAGCUGGAGGCAGCACGAGGCUGUUCCUCAGGGCAGGAAGAAGCUCAUGCAAAAGCUUCCCUCGGUGCUGGGUCAGCGCAGACAAAGCUGUGCGCAGAGCACAACUGCCAUCCUUCCUGCAGAGGACCUUAACACCUCCUUUGCUUUCACUUGCACUGUGGUAAUGGUUGCACAAUGCAUAAGCAACAGAACUUUAGGGCCUAACGUUAGAAAAAUUCCAUGUGCUUUCAAGAGAGAGCUUCCCAGGUUAAAGGCAGUGCUGCCUGCGAGCUCCAACCGUUCCCUUACUCUGUGCACUGCAGCAAAUGCACAGGCAGCACUGUGCUGGGGAGCAGUGCUGCUGUGCAAGAUGGGGCUUAAUGCACAGCUCAGCUGAAGUGCUAAGGAGAAAAUGAACGGUGCUCCCAGCAGAGCUGAAAUGCCAGAAAGCUAUCAGUGCAGUUUCCGUAUUAUUUGUGUAGGAAUUACUAACAUUUUGCAUGCUUUAAUAACGGAUGUAACGUUGUUCUGACUACACUUUUCGUGGCGCUAAACUGAGAGGCUUCUUCAGUACAGGGAAUGUUUGAAAGCAUGCAGACAGCAGGAUUCCUUUGAGGGCUGGAGUUGCUGAGGGUCGAUCAGUGCAGAGCUCUGGUAGCUGAGUAGCAGCCAGAACUGCUGCCAUGCACUUGUUCUUCUCUUGGGAGCAUCGAGGGAAGCUGCUGCAUCUGUCAGUUGCUCUCGAAUGGUUGUACACAAGCUGAUGCAUUUUGAUGGCAAGUGCCUGCUCUGUGUCCAGCCAUGUUUCUGCCAGGAAACGUAUAAAUAUGCAAUAUUUUCCACAGAGCUGGUUGCCUGUAUUUCUAAAACAUGAAUCCAAAGGCUAAUUUCUAAAUGGCAAGGAAUGUUCACAGGGGUUGUAUGACAUCUCUUUUUUUUCUUGCAAACAGGAAAAAAUUCCCUAGAAGUCAGCAAUCUCUAGUUUAGUGUGGCUCUGCAACAGUAUUUUGAAAGAUAUAACAGAGCAGAAGCCCUCAGAAAUACUGUUAAGGGGGGAAUUUAGCUAAUUUAUUAGAAAAAAUUAUAUGAUGUGGUUGCCAGCAGUAUCUGGUAACCA